AUGAACAAGGCUUUGGUAGUCUCGGAUUAUGCUAUUAUAAUUGUAGGAACUAAUGUUGAUGAGGAUAUCAUGAAAAAACGAUUAGUAGAUUGUAUUCGAAUGGUGAAUUAUUCGUUAAUGGAUAGAAUUUUAUUGGUGGUGGAUGAUUAUAGGAAUGGUAAAUAUGAUGAUGAUAGAGGUUACGAUUGGAUUAGAGAAGUGAUUAGAAAGGAAUCAAUGGUUGAAUUUACCUAUGAUAUAUUAUAUUGGAAUUCAUUUGACAAAUUAAAUGAUUGGAUCAAGUCGUUGCCUGUUAAAAAGGAUAUUGAACGAUUGGCUUCUCAACCUGUAAGAGUGCGAAUGUUGCAAACUGUUUAUGCUUAUGGUAGAAAGUAUAGGCAGUUUAGUUAUUGUCUUUUUAAAGUAUUAAGUGGAAUAGUUCAUCAAGGUCAGGACAUUUGUUUUAAUACCAACAAUGGAGAAAAAAAAUUUAAAGUGAAUGGCCACUAUAAUUACUCAGCUCUAUCUAAUAAUAUUGAAAGGCCAAAAGUAUUUCUACCAGGUCAAAUAUUCUGUGUUGCCAAUUGUUUAAUGGAAUUGAUUCCUGAAGAUAGUUGUACGGAGUAUAAACACUUUAUUAGUGGAAAUUACUACUCUGAAAUGACCAAGAAAAUUAAGGUAGACUCUUUUUGGAUUGAAUAUACUCAUUUCGGCUCAAACAAUAUCAGUAAGGAAAUAUUUGUAAAUAGAAUAUGUUUGAUUUUUUGCAACUCGAAACUAUGUGGACGAAUAGAACGAAUAAAAAAUUCUGAAGGAAAGGGAAUGAGAAUUGAGAUUAAGGUGUUUGACAGGGUUCAAUCAGGGCACGACAGGUUAUUUUCUCAACAUGGCUUCCUAACAACAUUCGAAAAGAGUUUCCAAUUUGGAAGGGUUUUACUAGGUAAUAGAAAGGAAAUGAUUGGCUUUGGAAAAGUAAUAUCAGUAAUUUAUCAAGACAUGGACACGAAUACCUUGCUUAUUGAACAUCCCAUAAGCUUAUUUUCAAAAAUUCCAAAGCACUUAAAAGAUAUUCAUAUUGUGUAA